GCAGGGAGGUUUGUCUAUCCAGUAUCCAGGAGAGACGGUGAGAGCUCACCGUUAAAGACCUUACAGCCGAGAGGCUGUGUCUCUCUCUCUGUUAUCCAGGAGAACGGAUGUGGCGAGGGGUUUUUCUGAGGUGCACUACGGCUUCUGGUCUCCCCAACAGACACUGCUGCUGUUCAUGCCGGACAGGGCCGUGAGAAUGGGGUAAAUAUCAUGGAGUGUCUGCUGGAGUGAGCGGUGUUGUAUUGGAGAAUUGGAUCUCAGAAUGGGAAGGUGAUUGCAGUGCCUGUUCUCCCUCCUUCCUGUUAACUGGCGAUUGGUGUAGCUUCAUGCCAAAUGGCACAGGAUACCAGAGUGAUGACCUUCUACAUGGAACUGAGAACGGAUCCUCGUGGCUGUUGUGCCACCGCACCUCCAGGAUCAGCGUGCCAUGAUGGGCCGAACACUGCACAACCCGAUGCCAAUGCCCAGUCGCCAUGCUUGCUUUCGCCCAUCGUGCCAUCCUAUACGCAGCGGCGCAGUCUGCCUCCAGAUAUGAAGAUGGAUUUCCUGGGCUUUCCUGGUUGUAAGAAGGGCACAGCGUCACUCAUUCGCACACAGUCAGACACCAAUCCUUUUCGGGAAAUUGCCCCAACCAACCCUGGCAGGUCUACUGCUCCGACCUCUCCGGUAUGCAUCAGGACUCAGUCGUUCUGCCCAGUUAGCUUGGAGAAUACAGUGCGGAAGCUGGGUGGUGACACCAGCGGUAGAAGCUCAGUAGCUACAUUCAGCUAUAUUGAAAAGGCCAGAGUUAAAACUGUUGUGAACCCUUUCAAUGUGUCUGUGCUUCCUCAGGGAUUGAAGCCGACUUCCGUCGGCCAGGAACCCUCUACUGGGUGGAAAAGCCCCCAAGCUGCCCACAGAGUCUCUCAACGGAUGGUAUCAAAGCCAACUCGGAUGGAGAAUUUUGACAUGUGUGUGAGCACAGUGUCUGUGGGAAGCUACAGAGAGCCAUCGAAUGGCCUCAUUUCCACUCGGAGCUUGCUUUCAUCGGUUGGGAGUGUGAGCCCACGGUAUUCUGAUGCUGCAGCUCAUAGUCCACGUCCUGGAUGGAAACGACCGCAGUCCGGCAAUGAACGGUCUCAAGGGUAUGCUUCAAAGCAAAUCCCUACCGAGACUCUGGAUGGGGGAACAAGUCUAAUGACUGUGACUACCCCCAGUAAAUCAUCGAGUAACCACAGCAGUGCUGCCAUUCCGAGUGUGAAUCCCAUAGGAAGAGAAUCCCCAAACAGCCCAGGCCUCAGACAGGCUGAGCCUUGCAUGCUGGUUGGGGAACAUUCUGAACGUGCACAGCGGAUUGCAAAAGCCAGGCGGGAAUUCUUUUACGGAACAUCAGAGCCACAGAUCCCUGAGGAUAAAGGUGACUCUAAAAUCCGGCAGGUGCCGGUGAAUCCGGACAACACCAUAACCAGGGAGACAGUGGAGACCAAAUACCAGGGAGCCUUGGCCAAUGGGUAUCUCGAGGUACAACUGGGCUUGGUCAGUCAAGGCUCAGCCAAGGUAGUUAAUGAUCCGAGUGCACCUUUGUCAAAUGGGACUUCCACGGAUUCCAAAGCAAAAGACCACCCUCGAGCGAUGAAGUACUCUGAGACGGAUCUAGACGCUGUGCCCAUCAGGCGUUACCAGGAGACCAACCUGGAUGAAGUCAUGGCAGAUUACAAUAUAACCACUGCACACGAGUCUGACAGUCCUCACUACCCAAAUUCGACAGUUGGUACUGUUAGGAUAGACCCUCCCAUUCCUUCAGGAAGCUUCAGGCAAGAUGGGACCACUGGGAAUCAUGGGGAAUGCAGAGAAGAGCAAUCAAAAGCUGCUGAGGGUGAUGUGUUCUCCGAAAUGUCCUCUGCUGCUGAAGAGAGAUUCUCCACCUGCAGGUCACCAGAGGUAGAGGUGAAGAAUCUGCCUCCACCAGUUGCUUCAAUUCAUUUUGCACGAAGCCUCUCUGAAGAAGGCACUGACAGCUUCAGCAAGCAAUUCGAAUCAAUCCUGGAGUCCCACCGUGCCAAGGGCACCUCUUAUACCAGCCUAGACUCUGUGGAAACCCUGCCUUCUCCCAAAAAGAACCAUGGGAAUUAUUUCACCUUUGACUUCCCAAGCCUGACCUCCAAAAUCCAGGACCAGAUUAAAGAGAACGCCCAACUGAUUGAGGAGGAGUUUGUGUCAUGGUCAAGUACUGAUGGUGAGUGCUGCGUGAACUCAGCCAAGGACUCUGAUUGGCCAGACAGCCCCAGGUGUAAGACAACCAGAGCAGACAGGAAGCUGGGAGUCAAUACAAUGGUGGGCUACAGUAAAUCCGAGAACAUUCUCACCAGGUCCCAGCUGUACGCCGAGGACAACCUGCUCAAAAGGUUGCUUGUGGUUGGAGGUGAUGAACCAAAGUCAGACUAUACCUCAAGGUGCUGCUGGUCCAUUGCAAAAGAGGGAAGAGGAAGCUUCAGAUGUGAUCCCAGCGACAGCAAUUUGAACCACUUGGUGAUGGACUCGGAGUCCGAGAUGGACAGCACCGAACAGUUGGCACUGGGGAGCACCGAUACCUUGGCCAAUGGCAGCAAGACUGACCAGGAGGCUGCCAAGCGAUUGGCCAAACGCCUGUAUUACCUUGACGGGUUCAAGAGGUCCGACGUAGCUCGACAUUUGGGCAAAAAUAAUGACUUCAGUAAGAUGGUGGCUGAGGAAUACCUGAGGUUUUUUGACUUCACGGGAAUGAGUCUGGAUCAAGCUCUGAGAGCUUUCUUGAAGGAGUUUGCACUAAUGGGAGAGACACAGGAGAGGGAGCGAGUGCUGAUCCACUUUUCACACAGAUACCACCAGUGCAACCCUGGGGCCAUAUCUGCAGAGGAUGGUAUACAUACACUAACCUGUGCACUGAUGCUGCUUAAUACGGAUCUCCACGGGCACAACAUUGGCAAAAGGAUGUCUUGUUCCGAUUUCAUCGGGAACCUGGAAGGUCUGAAUGAUGGGAAAGAUUUCCCAAAGGAACUGCUCAAGGUUCUGUACAGCUCGAUAAAGAAUGAAAAGUUACAGUGGACAAUUAAUGAGGAGGAGCUGCGCAAAUCCCUGUCUGAGCUGGCAGACGAGAGGACAGAUCCCAGCCUGAAGGCGAUGAAUAGGAUCAGUGGAGGGAGUAACCCAUUCCUGGACAUUGUUCAAGACCCCAAAGCGGCCACGUACAAGCAUGGCUUCCUGGUGCGCAAGGUUCACGCGGAUUCCGAUGGGAAGAAAACUCCCCGAGGGAGAAGAGGCUGGAAGACCUUCUAUGCUGUGUUAAAAGGAAUGAUCCUCUACUUACAAAAGGAUGAGUACAAGUCUGACAAACAGUUGUCAGAAGAUGAUCUGAAGAACGCCAUCAGCAUCCAUCACUCCUUGGCUAUCCGGGCAGCAGACUACAGCAAGAAGCCCAAUGUCUUCUACCUGAAGACAGCUGAUUGGAGAAUCUUCCUUCUCCAAGCUCCAAAUGCAGAGCUGAUGCAGUCCUGGAUCACACGCAUAAACCUGGUGGCAGCCAUGUUCUCUGCGCCUCCCUUCCCAGCAGCCAUUGGUUCUCAGAAGAGGUUCAGCCGUCCACUCCUUCCCACCACACUGACCAGGCUCUCGCUGGAGGAGCAGGUAAAGGCUCAUGACACCAGACUCAAAGCGAUGGCUGUGGAUCUGACCGAGCAUCGAUCGUAUCCUCCUGACAAGAAAGUGAAGGGUAAAGAGCUGGAUGAGUAUAAACAGAAGGAGGAAUACCUGGAGUUUGAGAAAAUGAGGUUCAGCACAUACAUCUCGCUGCUGCGCGCCAAGCUGAAAGCAGGAACGGACGAUCUGGACAAGUUUGAAUCCGCUCUGUUUGACACCAUCGAGAACGAAGGGAAUGGCCUGACAAAAUCCCACUCCAGCCCAUCCCUGCACCAGGAGCCACCGGUCAUGGCCAUCCGAGUCAAACGCAACACAUCGGAACGUCGGAGUUACCGGCCCUCCACCAACACCAAGCACAAGCUAUAACUAGCUUGUUUAGUCAGGGUUUGCACUGAGACUAGCACGGUGUACGUUCAGUUACAACUUCUGACUGUAGUGUAGUGCCAGUGGUAGCUGUUCGUGGUCGUUGGCACAUGCAUAGUUCAGGGGCUGGUUGGUGCAAAAAGUUGGCUCCCUUUCCAAAGGACUGGAGUUGCAGGGAUUGAGGUACAGCUCCGAAAGGGGCACCGAUACUGUGGUGUCAUGGACAGCGAGCCUGUUUACUAGUUGCACCAUAGCAGGGGCAUGACCAUGGUUGCAUGUGCCAAGCAUGGCAGGAGCCACCCACCAGCAGGUCUUGAAGCGUCAUCUACUUUACUCUGACUCCCUGACGGUAACUCAUGCCAUGGCUCUGAUCUUGUCCCUUGAGCAUGUGAGAGGGAAGGGGGCCGGUGGCAAACGAGGAGGCCCGAGCCAUGCCUCUCAACAGCUGUAUUUCCACGGGACAGAUGGAUAGAGCUAUAUAAAUGCAUAUAAUAUAUUCCUUUAGGAUAAGGUGGCAUUGCGAGGAGCUUGGCAAUGCCACAGGUAAGGAGCAGCAGGCUGAGCUGGUUCGGAAUCUCGUCGGGACCCACUAGCGGGAUGCUGCCACUUCGUUGCCAUUUCCUCCAUCAUUGCCAGCAGAGGUUAAGGAGUUGGAGUUCUCCCACUACCACACUCCUUUGUGCGGCAUUCCCUGAUGAUCGCAAGUGAUGAGUUACGGUAGCCGCCACACAGAUAGUUUAUUUAUGUUGUGUCUCUCAUUCCUUUCCCCUCCAUCCAAGCUGUUCGCAUCUGCUUCCCAUCUCCUCCCACACACUUCCCUCCCAUAAAUGUUAAAUUACAAUGUGUAAAAGUCAGAAUCAAUUGAAUGUGCGUUUCAUAAAAUUCAUACUGACAAUGAAUCAUAGGCUGUUUUUAAAAAACUCGUUUUAGUGUACAUGAUAAAUGUUACACUGUUUAUUUAUACAGCAGUAUACCGGAUUAAUCUCAUUCCUUCUGUCUUUCCUGAAACAAAAUUAAAAAUGACCCCUGUUCUAAUCAGUAGAUACAUUUUAAGGCCAUGAAACCAACAAUAAUCUAAAGACUUCAAACAAGGGAACCAGGUCCCAUUGUAGAGUAGAUCUGGACUUUGUACUGUGCCCUAUACAACCUAGAAAUGUGGGAACUGAACAAAACCCCUUGGGUGAUUUUCACCAUUCAGUAUGACCAAACUCCCAUUUGUCCUACGUCCCUUAUUAUCUUUGACUAACAAUCUAUUGACCCCAUUCCCAAAUGGGCAACUGACCAAUUGGCAUCAGGUGGAGUUUCUGAACUUGUACUGUUUUCAUUUCCCAGGACUUGGAAGGGGUGUGAUGUUAAACUGUGUGCCCACUCACUCUUGUCUGCUUUACACCACCAUAUAGAGUCCAGAUCGACUCCCCAGAAGGUUACUGUUGGGUUGCUGCUGGAUUGUGACGCUCUAAGAGUGGGUGUUUUCAUUGGACUCUUAAGUAUUGCUGUGGUAGGGCUGGGGAGACAUAGAAAGCAUUUUCUGUUGUGGGUGAGCCACUCAUUUGUAUGAGGGGGGAGGAUGGAUGGGUAGGACCAGGGUUUGGUAAGGAGGGAGGCCAGCUGGGGUGAGAAAGGCGCUAGUAUGCUCAGGGAGGGGUGAGGACCUCCGUCAUCCCCCUCAGGUGUCCCAUAGAUCUGGGGGCAAUGUCUUUCGCCUUGGAUUGUGUUACUGCUGGAAACCCUGUAGCCAUUACGUUGUUCCUCUGGAGAAGUGGUAUCUGUGGGUUUGCUAUUAAGACUGUUCCUCGCCUUGUUAGUCACAUAGAGAUUAUUCACAGGCUGAAUAUCCAUAUCGUCUCAAAUAAGACAGUCAGUCUCAGGGGACAUGAACUUCUAUACUGUGUGUUACCGGCAGAUAUUGUUCAAGCCUAGGGUUCCUAAUGUUAAAUUUGCUGUUUUAUCAAAGGUGAGCUUUUUUUUUUCGAAAAAUGACAGAGAUAAAUGUGUUAAUGCUUCCUUUGAAAUAGUGGUUGGGGUGGAUGACUUUUGGGCCAGAAUUAGAUCAUUUCGCCGUGAUGUAAACCCAGAAUAGGACUUGGGUUUUAUCAUGUUUGCUGUGGGUUGUUCAACCACUGGUCCUAUGAAGGCACUUGAAUUACGUCAACUAUAAGGUGAUGUGGUGGCUCAGUGGUUAGCGCUGCUGCCUCACAGCGCCAGGGACCUGAGUUCGAUUCCAACCCUGGACGUUUGUCUGUGUGGAGUUAGCACGUUCUCCCCGUGUCUGCGUAGCUUUCCUGAGGGUGCUCCAGUUUCCUGCCACAGUCCAAAGAUGUGGAGGUUAGAUGGAUUGGCUGUGCUAAAUUACCCCGUAGAGUCCAGGAUGGUUGGGUUAGCUAUGGAAAGGGAUGGGGUGGGUCUGGGUGGGAUGCUUUUCAACCUGAUGGACUGAAUGGCCUGCUUCCACAUAGUAGGGAUUCUGUGAGACUAAAAUCUAACUCAAUCAAAGCUGAUUUUGUUUUCUGCGUAGCAGUACAGCAUGGAGAUAGAUGUUCUGCUAUGUGCAAUAAAACGUUCCAAGGUGCCCCCCAAGGGUGAAAUGGAACAAAGUUUGAUACUGAGCCACACAGAGAUAUUAGGUCAGACAACUGAUGGGUUGGUUCUAGAGGUAGGUUCUAGAAGAGUGGAGAUUUGUAGGGAAUGUACUCCAGAGCUUGAGGCCCAAGCAGCUCAAGUUUAAGCCAUCAAUGGUGGGUCAAUAAAAACAGGGCAUACACAAGAGAGCAGAAGUGGAGGGGCACUGAUAUCACAGACAGUUGUGAGACUGAAGGAGACUAUGGAGGUAGGGAGGGAUGAAGCAAUGGGAGGAUUUGAAGUCAUGAUGUUGCUUGACCAGGAGCCAGGUUAGACCAAUGAGCACGGGGGUAAUCAGAGAACAAGACUGGCUUUGACUUUAGACUCAGCGUUUAAGUUGCAGGACGGCAGAAUGUAGGAGACCAGUCCAGAGUGCAUUGGAGGAGUUGAGCCUGGAAAGCAGACAUGAGGAAUGUUGGAGCAGCCAACGUCCUAUUGAAUGGCAGAGCAGGCUCAAGGGGCUGAAUGGCCUAUUUCUGCACCUGUUUCAAGUGAAAGUAACAAAAGUUGCAAAUGAAUGUUUCAGAACCAGGUUGGGUGGGGAUGGGGCAGAGUCAUGGGGAUGUCACAGAGGUGUUCUGAGUUAUGGCACAAAUAUGAAAUGUGAUGGGAAACAAUGAGAAAAGACUGAUAGCAGCUGGAAAUGGGAAAACAAAGAAGGAAUUGGAAACAGCAGAUUAGGCAGUGUCUGUAAAACCGAAAUUAGGAAGAUGUUCAGAAGUUAAAACAUUGAUAUCUGAAUUUCUGCACACGCUCGCUUGAAUUGGGGAGAAUGACAGGCAGCUUUAGCCCAAAUUUGUUCUUUCCAAUUCAUUCAUUCACUCCAGUUUGACCAUACACUGUAGGAGUCUGUCAUUCUGGAUGCUGUUACAGAGUGGGAUUAAGGCAUGCUGUUGGGAAGAUGCCAAAUGUCACCUUUGUUUGUGACAUAUGUGGUGCGGGAAGUCAAAAACGUUUGCACUGUUGAACACCAACGUCCUUCUGUAGUAGCGAGAACAAAAAUCACAUGGUCAGCUAAUAAAAAGAAUUCUAUGAAUGGACCAGUUACAAUAAAUCUAGUCAAUUGGUGGCUCAACUUCUGAAUUGGAAGCACACUGCUACCAUUUUAUUUCUUUAAGAUACGACUCAGACAAACUUAAACUAAAAACUCUUAAUGAAUGUUAAUAAUUAUUUAAAGAUGACAACUGUUGUAAAACUCAAGGAAUAGUGUUAAAUAAACAGAUGUUACAUUUAAAGUGAAAA